AUGUCUGUUCUUAAUUUCGAGCAACCGUCCAUGGACUGGGACAGUCCCGAUAUUUAUAACGAAUAUCUUCGAUUCAGACAGCAUGUGGAAUUUGUUUACAAAGGUCCCUUGUGUAAAGCUGACAAAAAGGACAAGGCGGGUUGGCUCGGAAUGUGGCUAGGGAAACACGGACGGGAAGUCUACAAAACACUUGCCUGGGAUGAAGGGGAACAAGAUGAUCCAGAGAUAAUCUUGAAAAAGUUUGAGGAUUACGUAAGACCCCGGAAGAAUAAGAGAGCCGCAAGAUUUCGCGUGAAACAGAGAAAACAAACAGAUGGUGAGUCCUUUGACAAUUUUGUGAAAGAUUUGAGACUGAUUCUUAUGGAUUGUGAGUACGCAGAUACAGACGACAUUCUUGUCGACGCGAUUAUCGCAGGCGUUGCGCACACGAAGGUCCGAGAACGCUUACUCGACCAAGGACAUGACCUAACACUCGCCAAAACCCUACAAAUAGGCAGACAAUAUGAACUCUCUCAAAAACAGCUAAAAAUGUUCCAAGGAGCUGAAUACUCAGAGGCUCAGGCAGUAUCCAGCAUCAAAACCUCUAGACCACAACACAACAAGAAAACAGUGCAAAAGACAUCAAAACGGAAAACUAGUGUUCCAAAACAACAGAAUUCUAAACCUAUGUGUAAUAGGUGUGGUUUGGACCCUAGUACGAACCACCUGAACAACAAAUGCCCAGCUCUGAAAAGUACAUGCCGGUACUGUAAACUGACUGGACACUGGAAAUCAGUAUGCCGCAAGCGACAACAGUCCCAGAUGAAUAUCAGCGAUGUGGACGAGCAUGAUCUUCUCGAUAUUCUCGCUACAGAUGAUACUAAAUUAUGUCAGGAGAACACAGACAAGUGGCUAGUGACACUUCAUGUAUGUGAGAAACCUAUGAAAUUCAGAAUAGACACAGGAGCAAAGUGCAAUAUCAUUGUCUCUCACCAGUAUCACCAGAGUAAAUUAACGGGAGUGAAAAGCCAAUCAAACAAACUUUUGCGCUCAUUCACAAACCAUACUAUCCGUCCAGAGUUUCACGUGCAACUACCACUCAGGAACGAAGACACUAACAUUCAAGCUGAGUUCGAAAUAGUUGACAUUCAUCAGGAAAACGUGAUCACAGGAAUAACAGCUGAACGCCUCAAUCUCAUACAGAGGAUGAAUCCUGUUAAAAUGUCCGACUUUACAAUAACGGACCAGUUCAACGACUUUCCAGAACUGGUGAAAACAACUGGCACUCUACCAGGAGUACACAAGAUCAAGAUUGAUCCUCAGGCCAAAGGAGUAGUUCACCCAGUCAGAAGACAACCUGCAUCACUCAAACCACUGAUCACCGAAAAACUGAGAGAGAUGGAGGAGAAUGGAUUCAUAACCCGUGUCAGUAAACCUACACCUUGGGUCAGUUCUAUGGUCGUCAGCCUAAGAAACAGCAAAGUCCGCAUAUGCAUAGACCCGAAAGACCUGAAUGAAGUUAUCCUCAGGGAACAUCAUCCUAUGAAAACCAUAGACGACGUUGUUUCAGCCAUUCCAAACACGAAAGUCUUUUCAGUGCUUGAUGCUAAGUCCGGAUUUCUGCAGAUCAAACUGGAUGAGGAAUCAAGUUUUCUCACGACCUUCAACACUCCUAUAGGACGUUAUCGAUGGCUGAGGCUACCCUUCGGCAUUAAGUCGGCGCCCGAGAUCUACCAAAGAAUCAUGGACGAGAUGCUAGAAGGCAUAGAUGGCACGUUUGCCAUAAUGGACGACAUCCUUAUUGCAGGACGAGACACACACAUCAUGACAGCAUUUUACACAAAGUAA